UCAUUAUGGGCCGAACUGCUGAUUGUUUUCCAGGCAGAUUUUGAGGUGACCCUCUCUGCAAACGGACCGGCCCAGCGGUUCUGCCAAGCAGGCCAAGACCACUGCAUUUGGAUCUGACGCGUGGCUGCGGUUUCAGCCACUGGCCGUUCUUUCUGCAGCAUUUCCGCCAGGGGGACAAAGGCGCCAAAGAAUUUUAGUUUCGGAUCGCACCCGGAUGGAUUCCUGAAAUAUAUCGAGUGCUUUCUUUUCACUCUCUGAGGCGUGAGACGAGGGCCAGCGGCUCACGGACCCCGCAGCCCCCUGCACUUAUAAACAGGCACAAGAGGCGGAGCCUAAGCAGCCUUCAAUCUCAGCUAUGACAUCACUGGAGUGAGCUUGGGGAGUAAGAAGAUUCACGGGGGAAUAAUGAUCCGUCGCCAUGGAGACAGGUCUCCGAGCAGCUGCUGAUUCGCUCCUGCAUUUCUCCCACUCUCUCUCUCUCUCUCUCUCUCUCUCUCUCUCCCCCCCCCCUUCUCCUUCUCCAACCCUCCCUCUGCCGCUGCCAGUCUAUGAGGUGUGAGGAGCAGGCAGGAUACUCACAGCCACAGACCUCACUCCUCCAGACCCUGCGCGCUGCCGGCUGUGCGGGGAGAUGGCAGCGUGUUCCUCAGAGAUCCGGGGAGCUAACCAAAGCAGUGGCUCCUGACCAAAGCAGCGGAGGGAGCGACGAGCUAAGGAGCCCCACAUCCCCAGAGACUCGCAGUGUGGAAUGAAAAGCACUCCCCGUGGCUGCCUGAGACUCACGCACCCGCGCCCCUAGGGCGCCCACAGCACUCCGCUCCCCUGGUUCUGGGGGGACCAUGAAAUCCGACGGGCUAGGAGGACCUGUACAAACCGCCGUGUCGGCAAGGGCGGUCUACAACGGCGACACGGCCCACGUGAGGGACUGCAAGGACAAGGCCUGGUCACCCAAACCGGGGGACACCACUCAAAAGGCAAAGAUGGCUGCCAGACCUAAGCCAGAACUCAACGGUUCCCCCAAGACGGAUUCCCCUCGGCGAGAGAAUGCAGCUAUGGGGGGCACCGCCGUGACCCCAGCCCGGGAGGUCAACGCAAGCAAGGACAAGAAGCCCAAUGGGACGAGACCCAGAGCCCCCGCCAACUCUGCCACAGCACAUCCGAAGACCAGCAAGUCCAAAAAAAAUGGCUCAGGGACAGAGUCUCCUCAGGGUGUGGACGGCCCACCCCCCCUCAGCACCCCCACCUCCGGCAGCGUCUCACCUGAGAACAACUCCAGCAGCCCCCGCAGCGCCACCCCAGGACAGCGGUCAAAAACUGUUGCCAAGGUGUCACCUCGAUCCCCCGUGACCAAGACACUACGGAAACCCUGCGAUCCCACCAAGGCUAACAGCACAACAAGCAGGACUGUCACCAAGGAGGCCAGCAAAGCCAAAUCCGGAGCAUCAGGCCGCCCCUUUACAGCGGCUCCAGGUUCAAAAGCUGAACCAAAGGGGAGAAGCACACCCACCAACCCAGGAGAGAACUUAGGUCCCAAGCCCUCCUCCCAAGCCAGCGGCACGCGAAAGCCCACAUCCCCACGGAAAGAGGAGAUCCCCAAGCCGCCGGCUGGGGACGGGGCAGCCGGCGAUGCUUCCAAAAAGAAGCCGGCCAAGGCUUCUCUGGCUGCCACGACGACUGCCAAUGGGAAACAGGCAAAGGCCGCCGCCGCCAAGCCAGUGCCACUCGCCGGCGGGAAAAGCUCCCCAAGGCAGAAGGCCGUCGCUGAGUUUCCCACCCCGAAGGGGUCGCCCAAGUCGGCUGGGCCUGACAAACAGGCCUCCCCCGGACUCAAGAGGCACUCUGCCAAAGGUAAGGAGACGUGCAGCCAGAGGAGCCCAGCCGGCAAGCUAACAGGCCCCAACCCCCACAUAUCCACUGCUGAGGAGCAGCCAAAGGGGGCAGUGGAGCAGGCAGAGAAAUCCCCAGCACAUGUGGGAACACACCGGAAGCCUGACGUAGCCACAUUAGGGCCAGGCCAUUCUGCCGAGACCUCUGCCCGUGUGGGUAAGACUCGGCAUUCUGGCGGGGGGGCAGAAAACCAGAGGAAAGCCCCAGCGGAGAACCAUGCCGCACGUACGGACACCAGUGCCAGGAUUGCAGCAGCGCCGAUGCCAGCCCAUGCCACGCUGCCGGGCCCGGCGAACCCUCCCAAAGGCAAUGAGCCGGCCAAGACACCAGGCAGCCCCGCAGGGCCCCAGACUCCACCGGAUUACUCGUGGAGUGGCUCCCACCGGCAGGUCAGCCCCGAGUCGGAGUCCGCCAGUGCCGCAACCACCUCCUCAGAUGACAUCAAGCCGCGCUCAGAGGACUACGAUGCCGGCGGCUCUCAGGACGACGACGGCUCCAAUGACCGCGGGGUCUCCAAGUGCGGCACUGUCCUGUGCCAUGACUUCCUGGGCCGUAGCAGCAGUGACACCAGCACACCAGAGGAGCUGAAGGUGUACGAGACAGCGCUGCGGGUGGAGCCCCGCCUCAGGGCUCGUGAUGCACCCGACCCCUUCCACGGCCACUCCACCAGCGAGGAGGAGGUGACCCGCCGUAGGCCGCGCUCCUGGCAGCGGCAUGAAGAUGCCCCCCUGGAGAAGGAGACCUGUGAGGACAACGCCAGUGCCCUCACUGUCCGGAACAUUCCAGACCACCAGCUCUUUUCUUCUGAUGAAGAGGAGGAGACGGAGGACGAGAGGUCAGAGGUGGAGAUCCACACGGAGGUGGCCCAGCCUGCUGCCGACCUCUCCCCACGCCAGUUCCAAGGAAUCGUUAACCUGGCUUUUGAGGAUAUCGGCGAGGCGGACAACGACAUUCCCGCUUACCCAUCCACCUCCAACUUUCGCCGCUCAGUCCUGCUCUCGGUGGAUGAGUGCGAAGAGCUGGGAUCUGAGGAGGUGGGAGCGCAGACGCCACUCCAGCGGUCCAGCACCACUGCAGCGGGUGACGUGUUUGAUGCCACGUCCGACAAGCCAGUGAGGCGUGUGUGUGACUCUUCUGACUUGCCAGCGAGGCGGGAAUGUAUGCCAGCUACCCCAGGAAGUGCCCUGAGAGAGGACAGGGAGCUCCCGCAGGAGGGGCAGAAUUGCAGCCAGCCUGCAGGGAGUAUCGGGCCCGCCGACCAGCCCCCUGACCGUGAAGGCACCGACCCCCGGCCCCAGGAGAGACCCCGACACCUGGACCUCCAACGCAGCGAGCAAUACACGGACAGCUCCCUGCACAAGAACCCGGCGCUCGAACCCACAAACAAGAAAAAGGAACCACAGCUGGAACUGUGUGAGCAACAGUCGUCUUCCCCAGCAGGGGACUUAGAUGAUUGUGAGAAACUGGAUCAAAGCAGCACUUUUGACCGCCGCCCGUCCAAAGUCCUAUCUCCCAUUUAUGAGACGGACACGGGGGAAGCCUUUGAGCAGAGCAUUGUUGGCCGGCGGGAAGAGCGAGAGGAGGAGAGGGAGACGGAGCAGGCGGCCGAGGAAGAGGAGGAAGGCGGGGACGCUGACGACUCCGUGAGCAGGCAUUUCGCCGAGCGGGACUGGACGCUGCUCCGACAGCUCCUCUCGGACCAGGACUCGAGUCUGGGCAUCAUCACCUGCGUGCCCGAGGACCUGAACCUGGCGCAGUACCUGAUUAAGCAGACGCUGGCGCUGUCACGUGACUGCCUCGGCGGCCGGCCCCUCCCGCCAGCGGAGCCGGAGACUUUCAAGCGGUGGGCGGAGCUUAUCUCGCCGAUGGAGGACUCCACCAACAGCAUCACGGUGACCAGCUUCUCUCCGGAGGACGCCGCCUCUCCUCAGGGCGAGUGGACCAUCUUGGAGCUGGAGACACAUCACUAAAGUGGGCGGCGGCCCAGCCCCCGAGGGCCCCGCCCAACCCUGGGGGCGUGGUCUCCCCCCAAACCACCUCCCACUGGACCUCAUGUUUAGCAGCCUGGAAUAACAGUGGACAGUCACAUUUUUGUUUUCCUUGGUUUUGUUCGCUUUCUGAUGGACCUUAGAGUAAGAGCCAGUCGCUGCACCUCGUCUUCUCGCAGGUAUCCUGCCAGCCAGCACUGGGCACUAAAGGAGCUUGUUGCAUGUGCAUUUUUUUUUGUAUGUUUAACUGUUUACUUGGUGUUGCUUUGACUUAAUUGCCAUCAAAAAGGUGUGUGACAUCCCCCCCCGACCCAUUGCAGCGGUCUCCCGGGUACGUUUCAUCAGGAAAUGGAAGGAUAUGUGGUUUAAAUUUGUUGGUUUACGUUCAUUGUAGUAUUUAAGGGAAAAUAAAAUGUGUGAUUCUCAAAGGAAAGCAGCCAAAUUAAACUCAUAGAGGUUGUCAAGUGUUUAGCGGAGAGGCAGAGUUUUCACAGAUACGUAGGUAGUGGUAGAAGCCCCUGCUACACCGCAACACACACCGCGACACACCCUGUGACACACACCGCGACACACCCCAUGACACACACCGCAACACAGCCCGUGACACACACACACUCUAACCCAUCCCUGGCACCCCAGUUUGGAAAGACGACGGCUCAGUUUCGGCACAGAACCCUGGGCUCCAGUUCCUGAUACGCACCGUGGGUACAAUGUAAUGCAAGAACUCAUUUAAAUAAUGAAUUGUCUUUAAAAAAGACUGCGAGUCCUGAGCUGCCAUUAAUAAUUAAAGCGUCGAGGUAUUUAAAAAAUGAAACGAGGUUAAUUUAUUUAAAUUAAUAUUAAUUUAUAUCAAGAUUAAAUUGCAGAAAAAUUGGAUUGAAGCUCAAAAUAGUCACUCAUUUGUUCACUGUUGUGUUGAAUCUUUUUCUGGCAAAAAUGAAUUUAUCAUGUCAAGAAUAAUAACGGCAGUGUAUUAAAACGACGAAACUUUGA